GCCCUGCCAUUCCGUUCCCCGUUUUAGCUGUAGCAGGCAGAAAGGAAGGAGGAAAAUCCCAUCUCCGCCGAGUCGAUUUCGCAUUUGCCCCCACAAGCUUCCAGAAACCCCCCCGUUCGUUCGAUUCGCGAGCGAUGGCGGACUCCAGCCCGCAGGCGGAGAGGCCGAGGCUGAGGCGCCUGGGGUUCGUGCACGUCGCGGCGGCGCAGGCGGCGGUGUGCAUCGCGGGGCUCUACGCGCUCGCCAGGGACCACUCCGGCCCGCUGCGCCCCGGCGUCGACGCCGUCGAGUCCGCCGUCAGGGGCGUCGCCGGCCGCUUCCACGGCGUCCCCUUCGACGUCCUCGCCUUCGUCGACCGGAAGGUGGACGGCACGGUGCAGGAGCUGAACCGGCACCUCCCGCCAGCGGUGAAGUCGGCGUCGGCCCAGGCGUGCCAUGCGGUCCACGCCGUGCCGGAGCUGGCCAGGGAGAUCGCCAGCGAGGCGAGGCGGUCCGGCGUGAAGGGCGCGGCCAAGGACGUGUACGGGAUGGUCGAGCCGGUGGCCAAGGACCUGUACGUGCGCUACGAGCCGGCGGCCGAGCACCUCGCCGUCUCCGCCUGGCGCUCGCUCAACGGGCUGCCGCUGUUCCAGCAGGUGGCGCAGAUCGUCGUGCCCACCGCCGCCUACUGGUGCGAGAAGUACAAUAGGGUGAUCGCGUUCGCCGCCGGGCGGGGGUUCCCCGGCGCGCGGUUCCUCCCCGGCAUCCCCAUCGAGCGCAUCGCCAAGGCGUUCGGGGCGAGCUCUGCCGGGGAUCGCUCGCCGGAUGCCAAGCCGAUGGGACUUGAUGCCCAGACCUCCGAGGAGCGCUCGCCGGAUGCCGCCAAGCCUAUGGGACUUGACGCGCAGACCGGGGAGGAGAGGUCGCCGGAUGCCAAGCCUGUGGAAUCUGAUGCCCAGACCGCCGGGGAGAGCCAGCCGGAUGUGGCCAAGCCUAUGGAUCUUGGGGCCAAGGCCUAGGUGUGACGCGCGCCGUGCCCCUACCGAUGUCCCUGAUGAACGGGGUCGUGUGCGUGCCCCUACCUUUGGCCGGAACUGAAUAAGAUAGUGAGGAUCCAGGGCUAAGAAGAUACUGGUCUACUGGGUUUAGUGUCGUAGGUACGUGUUCGCGGGUGAUGAUAAUGAUGUUGUACUAGCUACUAUGCUUUUGUGUGGUGCGCGUCUCUAAUAUUCUCCGUGCUUUUGUACAAAAAAGUUGAUUGAUGUCGCCUUCGUCGACUUGAUCCAAUGCAAUUGGUUGUGAUUUCGCUCC